CCUUCCCCCGCGAGCCCAGUCUAUUCGUCACCCAACCCAAACCAAAGGUCGGAUUUUUCCAUCCAUCUUCCGCUGCUCCGGAGCUUAUUUUCUUCCCCAGAAAUGCCGCUGGGGGGCCCCUUCAGCGGAUCGGGACUCGCAGCACCGCUGUCCGCUUCUCUGAGAGCCCCUCCUGAGAGGCCCUUCCUCUUCGGCCAGCCUCUCAGAACCUCGUUUUCAAGUGGGCAGGGGAAAUCACUUGUAUACAAAAGAGUUGUUAUCAAAUCAAGAAAACUCUCAGGGCUGGAGGAGGCCAUGCGAAUUAGAAGGUUACGAGAGCUUCAAAGUUCAGUUAAAGUGAGGAAAAGGCCUCCACUAAGGCGCGGAAAAGUCUCUGCUCCCCUUCUUGUGCCAGAACACGUUCCUAGACCUCCUUAUGUGGGUUCAAACCUACUGCCUGAGAUUUCGAGUGAAUAUCAAGUACAUGAUGAUGAGGGCAUUAUUCGCAUGAAAGCUGCCUGUGAGCUUGCUGCACGUGUUUUGGACUUUGCAGGAACAUUAGUCAGGCCAUCUGUAACAACAAAUGAAAUUGAUAAAGCAGUGCAUGAGAUGAUUGUCAAAGCUGGUGCUUAUCCUUCUCCACUUGGAUAUGGUGGAUUUCCAAAGAGUGUAUGCACAUCAGUAAAUGAGUGCAUGUGUCAUGGAAUACCUGAUUCUCGCCAGCUACAGGAUGGAGACAUAAUAAACAUUGAUGUUACUGUCUACUUAAAUGGCUAUCAUGGUGACACUUCAAAAACAUUUCUCUGUGGGAAUGUUGAUGAACCUACAAAGCGACUUGUAAAGGUAACAGAAGAAUGUAUGGAGAGGGCCAUAUCUGUCUGUAAAGAUGGUGCUAGCUUUAAGAAGAUUGGCAAGAAAAUUAGUGACCAUGCUGAGAGAUUUGGCUAUGGUGUGGUAGAGCGUUUUGUUGGCCAUGGUGUUGGAAAAGUAUUUCAUUCUGAACCAAUAAUAUUGCAUCACCGUAAUGAUAAUCCUGGAUUUAUGAUUGAAGGUCAAACAUUUACCAUUGAGCCCAUUCUUACAAUGGGAAGCAUCGAGUGCAUCACGUGGGAUGAUGGCUGGACUACGCUUACAGCCGAUGGCAGCUCUGCCGCACAAUUUGAGCAUACAAUACUAAUCACCAGGAUGGGUGCAGAGGUCUUGACAAAAUAUAAAGUUUAGCAUAUGGAUGGAUAUCAUGGCCGAGGCAUUAGUCUACCCCGUUUUUGGUAACUGACCUUAAAGGUUAAGUUCUCUCAUCAAGUCUCGAGGCUAAAAUUAUUGACGAUUAGGUUAAGCCACCAGUUGGGGUAAAGCUAGCUUUGGUUAUGCAUCGUUGCACCAAUAUUAGUUUAUAUUUUCUUUGUAUAUGCUAAUGAUUAUUAAACAAGCUAUAUGUUUUAAUAACUCAUGAGUCUCAUCAAAAUGGAGACAAGGAAACAGCUACCUCCUCAGGGAGGCAGUUUCAUGUUCAAAUCUUUAGAGGAAUGAAGCCAUUUGGUGGCAGAGGGUUCUUUUCCA